AUGAUUACUCAUGCCUUUAUAUUAAUCAAAACAAAUAGUGGACAGUAUGAUUUUGAUCUUUUAGUAAUAGGUGGAGCAUCUGGUGGUUUAGCUUGUGCUAAAGAAGCUUCAAGUUUUGGAAAACAAGUCGUAGUCAUAGAUUUUGUUAUUCCGUCUGAAAAAGGUUUCUUAGGUAUACAACCUACGUUGACACAAGUACCACCUAUUCCCCAAGAGGUACCUUUUUCAGAAACUGAUGCAUCAAGCAUCAUUGUUGGGUCAUUAACAAUUCAAGAAGCUCGGAACUACGGAUUUAACAUACCGGAUCCAAUUUCAUUCAAUUGGAAAUCUUUAACAGAAGCUGUAAAAGAACAUAUCCAAUCGGUUAACUGGGCUAUACAUUUACAAUUAGAAGACAAGUGUUCCAUUUAA